AUGAAUGCCACACGUGCAGAGUUUCAGGCCCGUAUUGACACCAUCAAACACUACAUGCACUUCCGUCGGGUCAGCAAGGAGCUGGAGGCACACGUCAUUAAGUGGUUUGACUACCUCUGCACUAAUAAAGCAGUAGACGAGCAGAAGGUGUUGAAGAACAUGCCUAACAAACUCCAGGCUGAGAUUGCCAUUAAUGUGUACCUGGAGACCCUGAAGAAAGUGCAUAUCUUUCAGGACUGUGAGGCUGAACUGUUGGUGGAGCUGGUGCUGAAAAUCCGACCACAGGUCUACAGCCCAGGGGACUAAAUCUGCCGCAAAGGGGACAUAGGGAAGGAGAGGUACAUCAUCAAACAGGGGAAGCUGGCAGUGGUGUCAAAUAACAGGGUCACACAGUACGCCCUCCUCACCACCAGCAGCUGCUUUGGGGAGAUAAGUAUCCUCAACAUCCAGGGCAGCAAAAUGGGCAAUCGCAGGACGGCCAAUAUCCACAGCAUCGGCUACUCUGACCUCUUCUGCCUUUCUAAGGACGACCUGAUGGAGGCAGUGACAGAGUACCCUGAUGCUAAGAAGGUGCUGGAGGAGAGGGGGAAGGAGAUCCUUAUGAAGGAGGGCCUCCUAGAUGAGAAUGCAGAGGCUGGUAGACUGGGUGGAGUGGACACCAAGGAGAAGGUGGAGAGGCUGGAGUCCUCUCUGGACACCCUGCAGACGCGCUUUGCCCGCCUGCUUAGCGAGUACACGGCCACACAGCAGCGGCUGAAGCGACAUCACCAACCUGGAGUGCCAGCUGUGCCACACGGGCUGCGGGAUCCUCUCAGACUGACGCAGAGGCAGCCGCUGAGGCAGACACUCUGGCUGCUGCCAAUACCGAUGAACAAGGUAACCAUGGGAAUGAUGAGUCGACUGAGCCCACUCUUCAAACAUGAAAGCUGCCUGUGA